AUGGUCGACACUCUCUCCCUCGAAGGCAAGGUGGCCAUCAUCACGGGCUCGGGCCGCGAAACUGGAAUUGGCGCGGCCACGGCGAUAGCUCUCGCCCGAAAUGGAGCGUCAGUAACUCUCAACUACGUAUCAGAUGCCACAGCCCCGAGGGCAGAGAAUGUUUUGAAGACUAUUCGCGAGGCUGGCGGCAAGGCCAUCGCAGUCCGAGCAGACGUGACCAAGCCGGAGGAGGCCCAGAAGCUUGUGGAUAAGACGCUCGAGGGCUUUAAUACCGACACGAUCGACAUCCUGAUCAACAACGCGGGUGCGGUGUACGGCGGCCCGAAACUGAUGGAGGUUACACCGGAGGAGAUCGAUGCCACCUUCGCGACUUCGGUCCGUGGGCCGAUCUUGCUGAUGCAGGCCACCGUUCCGCACAUGCCCCGUUUCGGCCGCAUCAUCAACGUCUCCUCCGUGGCGUCACGGCCCAUCACCCUUGAGGGUGUGGCCCUCUAUGGCGGAGGCAAGGCAGCUAUGGAUCAAAUCACCUUUGCGGUGGCGGCUGAGCUCGGCAAGCAUGGGAAGAAUAUCACAGUGAAUACCGUUGCACCAGGGAUCACUACUACAGACAUCCUGUCACCCGAAGCUAUGGAUGCUUUCGACAAGGCGUUGACGCCAAUGGCCAAGGUUGAGGACCGUCCUGGCCACCCUAAUGACAUUGCUGAUACCAUCUUGCUGCUGGUCCAAGAAAAGAGUAGGUGGAUAACAGGCCAGUACAUUUCGUGCAGCGGUGGAAUUACUGGCAACUGA